UUUUCAAGAUGGUGAGAAAGUUCAUAAAAAAUAAGUUGAGCUAUGUCGUUCUUUUUUAAAAUUUUUUGACUACCUAGGUCAAAUAUUAAUUACAAAAUAUCAGUGUCACUUACAUAAUUUCUGUUAUAUGUCACUAUGGUUUUUGUUCUAAAGUAUAGAAAGUGAUAUACUUACUUUUAAAUUUCUUUUAUUUCAAAAGUGAAAAGAAACAUUUAUGUACAGUUACGUUGUACAGGUUUGUCAUCUUACUUUAAUGUACAUGUAAAAGUCACUUUAAGUAUUAUAGAAAAGGCCUUCUAAUAAAAGCACGUUAUUAAUCUAUGUAAAAUUUACAUUUGUUACGUGAUGAAAUCAAAAUCUUUCAUACUUGUAUUUUACAUCACAUAUAAAAUAGGUUAAACAAAUUGUAUAAUGUAUUACAUAUUUUUAGGACCUGUUAGAAUAUUCAGACUUACUGUUUUGCUAAAAUGAUUUGUCACCUUUGAUGGCAAGAUGAUGACAGGCUGAGCUCACAUGUAAACAGCAGAGUGCCUCAGUUCCCCGUGUUAGCUUGGACCCUUCCCAAGGAGCGCAUGGUGUGAUUGAGACACAGCCACUGCCCUCGGCAUCAGAGCCUUCUCUCCUGCCUUUAUGUACUCAUUAAACAGAAGCAGGACUUGCCUCCUUGUGUCCAUGGAUUGUAGAGCAGUUAAGUAAGAGAACUCAUUUUUGAAAUAAAAAUGUGCACGUAGCCGGCUCUGGGGCAGCUCAGACUACUGUUUACUAUGUCACAGUUGCUUUUUAACUUGAAGCUACUUUAGGGAGAUAUGAAAAAGGGCAUAUUUUUGUACAAAACCAUUUUUUUCAACAUAUUCUAUGUGUCUGUGUGCGUCUGCAUAUGUAUAUAUGUGUGCAUGUAUGUCUGUAUAUAUGCACAUGUGUCUGUACAUGUAUGUAUAUGUGCAUGUGUGUGUCUGUGUCUCUCUGCUUCUGUGUGUGUGUGUGUGUGUGUGUGUGUCUUUAUCUCUGUAUUUUCACACAAGAUCUCACAGUGCAGCUGCAAAUUCAAGGAAGUAAAUCCUGCUGCCUAGCUUCCCGAAUGCUACAAUUCUAACCUUGUACCAUUAUGCCCAACUUCUCAGAAAGAUUGCAGUACUUCGUGUUAUCAUCACUACAUAGGAAGCUAACACAUGCAGUCUUCUGUCUGUCUCAGUGAACUGUUAAAAACUGGAGUAAAGUCUCAGUAUUCAACUUGUUGUGUGACAAGGGCCCCGUGUCCUGGUGCCUGCUCUGUAAACUGCAGCCUUCUAAACCCUUUUGGAGAUCCUUUUGUGUUCUUUAAAAGUAUUUUUAACUUUAACAAGGGAAGAGUUAGUCUUCUGCUUUGGGAUGACUGUGAUGGAAUUUAAUCAUUGGAGGUUAUGUUUCCAACCAGACUGACAGGCCAUAGUGUACAAGACCUAUGCACUUUCUGAAACAUCAGUAAAUGUAGUGACAGAAUACAGCUUUGUAACACAUAAUUUCUUUUAAAGAAAUAGACUUUAAGGAAUACUAGUUUUAUCUUUUCUUUUGAAAAAGACAAAAACAGGGCACUAGGAUUAUGGCGUACACACACACACAGUUCUGACUCAAGGUUGCACUUGUGUGAGGAGUGAGCUGGAGUGAGAACUGGCUAAGGAGCAGCUGGAGUUCAGUGAGUGAUCCCCCACCCUCUUCUCCUUUUCAUAUCCUCAAACCGUUCUGACAGGCCCUGUGAUUUCCUAUGUGAGGAGGAGCACAGUGAGCAUGUGUCUGGUGUGUCGGUGCACGGAGGAAAUGCAGAGAAGAGAAGCUGAUCCUGUCCUUUCUGUAUUCUGCACUUGUUUGUUCCCUGUGGUGAAAGCAGUCUGCAUCCGUUUGUGUAUGUGCUAAGAAAUGGCUUUAAAAACACUUGUUUGGGGUCCUGGGUGAAAAUGCGUAAGUGUAGAAACCAGAGGGCAGCUUGCAGGACAUUCUCUUCUUGCACCAUGUAGGUCCUGGGGAUCGAACCCAGGUCAGCAGGUUCAGGGACAAUGCCUCUACUCUUGGAGCUGUCUCACUAGACCAAAGACGAGCUCUGGGCAGUAAGCAGUUUUCAGGCAUUGUUGGAUUGUUGGAAGCUACUCAGUGGAAUUUACACGCAUGACAUGUUUUACCAGAAAAUGGAAGCCGUGUCUCCUGACACACCAGGGGGUGCCAUGUCCCAAAGUGCUGUUUUAAGAAACAACUAAGUGUGGAAGUCACAAUCUAAAAAUUAGGCACAUGGACUCUUGAGUAAAGAUUGAAGGUUCAUUUAGGUAAAUGCAGUUUUGGUUUUUGAAAAGGUAUUUUGGUUUUAUUUUUUUAAUGUAGCUCAGGUUAGCUUUGGACUCAAUAUGUAGCAGCCCAUGACUGUCAUCCUCCUGCUUCAACCUGAGAAUAAUAGCAUGCCCCUUUCAUCAAAUGGCACAUAUGAAAUGUAAUAAACUUUAAUCAAAGUUUUUUCUUCUCCAAGGAUAUUUUUUGUAGGAAUAAAUAUAGAACAUAGGCUACAGAGUUGUUCUAGGGGUUUCAGCUUUUACUUUCAAAUUAAUUAACAGUAACUCCCGAUUGAUAAAAUAUGUCAUAGCUAUUUACACACCUAUACAUCCCGUUUUAGUAACCGCACAGAGGAAUUCCUUUUGUCCUGACUCAAUAGAUGCAUUAUUGACAUUCAUUGACUUGUCUUCCUAGAAAAUUUAUUGUUUCCAUUUUAAAUAAUUUUUGUCAGAAUUGCAGUUCUAUAAAACUGAAAGCAGUCGAAGGCUUGUAUGUUGUUAGCCAUUGAGUUUCACACUUCAGUGUCUGAACUGCAGCAUUUUAAAGAGCCCGUGUGUUAGUACCUUCCUACACUCUAUCUGACCUUCCCAAGGGAUACUUGUCAGUUUCUCUGGUGCAUACAAGCUAAUUUUAGUCAAGUGCAUUGUACAGCAAAUGUUGUAAUGACCUAGGCUAUGAAUUUCCUUAGAACUUAUAGCUCAUGUGACUGUAAUAGACUAUCAUUUUUAAUCCUUUUGAAGCUCUCUAAACCCAAUUUGUGCAAUUGUAACUUCUAAAUUUUUUUUAAAAUUUUAAAUUUUAAAUUUUCUCCUUUUUUAAAAUUUUGCAACUCUUUUAGGAGCUCAUUGAUUAUAAACAAUUUCUACUCAUUAAAAAUAUUUUAAUAUUUGUUAUAUCAUAGUUUAUAAACUGAUUAUAGAGGUCAGAGAAAUUUCCCAGAGUUAAGAGCACUUACUUGCUCCUCUGGCAGAGGACCUGGCUUCAGUACCCAGAACUCACAUGACAGUCCACAAGCUCCUGUAAUUCCUGUCCCAGGAGAUCCAAAGACCUCUUCAGGCCUUAGGCAUCAGGCACACAUGUGCUACUCAUGCAUUCUUAUAGGGAAACAUUCAUACACAUAAUAGAAAAAUAAAGCAUCUUUAAAACUAUGAUUAUAAAGUUCUAAAGAUUAUGAUUAUAAAGAUUCUGGGGGAAAUUAGAAGUCAGAAACAGUAGCAGCCAGAAGCAAUAUGACACUUAGUAUUCAGAAUGUUGAACUGUAAUAAUAGAAAGCCGAUAUAAUGUCUCCAUCCCUUCCACAUCGCUCCUCUCUUUCCCCCAUGUCUGUGUGUGAUGCUGGGAGUAUAACUGAACGAAUGUAGUGGGUAGGCGAGCGAUAUUUCCAGCCAUAUUAACAUCAUUUUUUAAAAUGGGAAAUCAUAAUAUAAUGACACCUUAGAUAAAAGAGCCAAAAGAAUCUGUGAUAUGCACUUGAGGAUAAUUUAAUUUGCUCAGUCUUCUACUAGGAAGUGCUUGUAGCUAGCACACUUUCCGUUGGUUUGUGUUUCGUCUUUGAUUCAGACUAGCACUAUUAAGCUACAGCAAAUAUGACAGUUUAUGGUUGCCUACUAGUGAAUUUCCUGCCUGUCCAUAUCUGUUCACAGUAUUCUGAUGGACGUUCCUUCUGCAGUUUUUUCCCGUGUAGAGAUUUGCUCAUAGUUAAAAUGCCUUUCAUAUAUUAGCUCUUAAAGUGCCCUGUCCCUCCAUCUUUCAUUCUUUUGGAACCCACUAUUCCUUUCCUCGUGUUCUGAUCAUCCUCUGCUCACUUUCACCAAGACGUAGUUUAUGAUGUUAGAGCUGUGCUUCUUUUAGUCUUCCUGCUGUGUCUGUCUGUGUGGUUUGAUUUUGAACUUCUUGGAGACAUAAAGAGUAUGGGUUCAUCUGACCCACUGUUCUGAGUAAAUGCUUUGUUAUCUUAAUAUUUUGUAUCCUUUAGGCUUAUGCUGAUGGACUCUUCUAACUGGUUCCAUUGUGGUCUUUGCAGUUUCUUUGAAAGGUUUACAGAUAUUUAAUAAAAAUACUAAAAUAACUCAUCAACCCCUAGCAUUUGAGUACCAACAUUACAUUCCCAUCAUUGAAUCCAGAUAGAGCGGAUCUCCCACUCUUCCUUCAAACUCAUAAAUACUCAGCUACCUCCUCUUUCUAUUAAUUUCUUUUUCUGGAUGUUUUACAUUACUGGAAUUAAAUAGUAUGUAACCUAUUGUUUCUGACACCUUUCAUCUAUGUUGCAGAAUAUACAAGUAGUUGUUUCCUGUUUAUUGCAAAAUCAUCUUGUGUUGUAUGGCCAGAACACAUCUGCUUUAUCUGUUCUGUUCUGUGAUUGACUAAAAAAAGGAUUCUUUCUAGAUUCUUUGGCUAUUUGGAUAAUGUUAGGAUAAACAUUUGAAAACAAGUCUGAGUGAACAGGUUUUUUUAGUAACUAUAUAGGAAUGUACUGGGAAUAAAAUGAUUGCAUCAUAUAUUUUUAUAUUUUGAAGAAAUAGCCAAGGCUGGAGAGAUAGAUGCCUCAGCGGUUCAGAGCACUGGCUGCUUUUCCAGAGGUUAUGAGUUCAAUUCCCAGCAACCACAUGGUGGCUCACAACCAUCUGUAAUGGAAUCCGAUGCCCUCUUCUGGAGUGUGUGAAGAUAGUGCACUCAUAUACAUAAAAUAAGUAUACAUAUACAUAAAUUAAGUAUACAUAUACAUAAAAUAAAUAAAUCUUCUUUAAGAAAGAAGCACCGGCCAGCAUACUUUCUCCAAGUAGCCGCACCGCUUUCCCCUUGGCUUGUGACUCGGAGGCGUGGAGCUCCUUCAUGUGCUCUCUGGCCUUGUAGGGCACAGCCAGUUUGAGGUUUGAGCUGAGAGUCCCAGUAGGCUUCAGUUUUUGUGUUCAGAAUAACUGGUAAUACUGGUUAUUUUUACAAUCUCAGAAGCAUUUGUCUAUCUGGUUUGGACACAUGUAUAUUUAAAUAUUUUGUCCACUUUUAAAGUUAAAGUGCCUUCUUUUUAUUAAGUCUUAAGAAUCCAUUGUAUACUCUCGGUCCAAAUUCUUUUGAAGACAUAACUUGCAAACAUUUGCUCUUAUUUCUGACAGGUCUCAUUAUUUCUUAAAAUGUUAUCUUUGAAAAAGGAAAGGUCACCACUUUAAUGAAGUCAGUUUUAUCUUCCUCUUCCUUUGUGUACUGUGCCUUUUGUGCCAGGACUUAGGAAAUCUUUGUUUACCAAACCCAUGUAUAUCUUUAAUCUGUGUUUUCUCCCACAGGCCCGUCUUUCACUUUUAUCUUUACUGUGAAGUAUAGGUUGAAGUUUUUAUAUGUCUGUCUGGUUCUCAUGACUUCAUUUUUAAUGAAAACUUGCCUCCAUUGAACUAUCUAAUUCCUUUGUCGGAGCUCACCCGUGUCAAGGUAGACAUUUAUCUGUGAAUCACAGCUCUUGCGUCAGUGAGCGAUGUGUAUUCUUACAACAACCACACUGAUUCGGUCACUAUGAGUUUUGGAAUCCAGCAGUGUAAUUUUGCUAAUUUUGUCCUUUUAUCAAAAUUCUUUGAACUAUUUUGAGGGCUUUGUCUUUCCAUAUAAAUUUCUAGAUCACCUUUUCAUCUUCUACAGACAAGCCUAUUGAAGUUUCUCUAGAUACGGUGUGGGAUCUAUUGAUUACUUUGUGAGAAAUUGUCAUCUUAACAAGUCACGUCCCUCUCAAUCUCUGUAGGUGCUCAUUACUGUCUGUGAUACCUCUGAGUUCAUCUCUAAGAGCUUUAAUUCUACUAAUGCUUUUGUGAAUAAGACCAUUUCUUAAUUUCACUUUUAUAUGCUUAUUUUUAAAUUAUUCUUAAUAGUUUCUUUAUACAUUUAAAAUUCUCUUCAGAUUAGAUCAUGUUAUCUUCACAUAAAGCUUCUUACACAUUGGAACAUCUUUAAUAUUUCUCCUAAUUCCAUGGCUCUACAAAGUUUAUACAGCUGAGUGCUUUGUGCUCACCUUAUGGGAAAACAGUCCAUUCGUCCUUCACUGUCAACUGUGAUUCCCACUGGAGUUUUCUCUGCAUAUUAGUCCCUGCAUAGUGUAAGAGCCCCUUCUACUCUUAGCUCUUGAGAGGAUUUAAAGGCUACAGGAGUUUGUAGCAUGCCGUUGCUGCACAUGCACAUGGUCAUGUGGUUUGUCCUGUGUGCUCUUCAUGUACUUGAUUCACUAGUCUUCAACAUGGAACCGUCUUGCCUUCCUGAGGUAAGCCUGCAUGCCACGGAGUGACCCUUCAGCGCACUUGCAGAAUUUGGGCGGAGAUCUCUGCAUCAGCACUGUGGAGUACUACUCUGUAGCUUUCUUUAGGGCUUUCCCAGUUUUCUUUUUAGUCCUCAGAAAAUGAGUCACAAGUGUUCUAAUCUGAAUUCUGUAUAACUGUGAAUACUCUGUUCUUGUAUAAAACUGGUUUUAUAUUUAAUAACUUCAUAGUAUUCCUUCAUGAACCCAUUUGGAUUUGAGCUUUCAAUUAUGGGAAAACCUUUUAACUAUUUUAAUUUUUUUAAUUUCUUUUUAUUUUAUGCAUAUUGGUGUGGCUGCAUAUAUGCUUGUGUGAGGGUGUCAGAAGGCCUGGAACUGGAGUUACAGACAGUCAUGAGCUAACAUGUAGGUGCUGAAUUGAACCUGGGUCCUCUCAGCCAAUGCUCCUAACUACUGAGCUAUCUCUCCAGCCCCUGUGUGCCAAUUCAGGGUUUCUACUUCUUUGUGAGUUAGUUUUUGAUAAUUUGUAACUUUUAAAUAAUUUAUCCAUUUUUUUCUGAUUGGGUUCUCGUAAUUUGUAUUUUUACUAAUUUACCUAAACCUAAAUGUGCUUAGCAUGAAAUUGCUAAUAAUGUUUCUUUAUGAUCUUUUGUCUAGCCUUUUGUCAUGAUAUUCUUUUUUUUUAUUUUUCAAUUCAAUAAUUAGUGUUUUGUCAUAUGUAAAUGUUCCUCAAUAUUUGUAGUUCUGUAUUAUUGGUGAGACUUUCAUAUUUUCAAUUUUAUUGAUUAUUUCUUCCAUUUUCAUUAGUUUCAAAAAAAUGGAAGAAAUGAUUACUUUGGGACCUGCUAAUCACCCAGUUUUCAAUUCCACAGUUGGUUCGCAGACGGAGGCACAGCACUUCUGUGAGGUUGUGGGGCCUCUCGGCAUGGGGUGCAUGGAGCCUGGGAGCGAACGAGAAAUGGUCAUAGGUUGUUCCCUGCUAUACAGAAGGUUUUCUUAUUUUCCUUGGGAUCUCUUUGUGAUACAGUGUCCAAGGAUUUGAGGAUUUCCAAAAUCUGUCCUGUUUUCGAUUCUUUAAUUAUGCUUUUAAAAACUUACUGAACCCCCCCCCCUCUAUCUGUGUGUGUGUGUGUGUGUGUGUGUGUGUGUGUGUGUGUGUGUGUGUGUGUGUGACAUGCAUGCCAGGGCACAGAUGUGGAAGUCAGAGGACCGACAGAUCACUUACAGAAGUUAGUUCUCCCCAUCCACACUGUGGGGCCUAGGGAUAGAAUUCAUGCCUUCAGACUUUCUGCCAGAUGUCUUUCAUUCGGCCGUCUUGCAAGUCCUUGAUUAUACUUGAUAAGAGAAUGUAUUUUAAACGAUUGAACAAGCCUUUUGAAUUAAUUCAUUUAUUAUCUUGUUUUACACAUGAAUACAGCGCGUGUGCAUGUACAUUGUAAAAGAACAACAUUCUGCUGGCUUUUAGUGCUGUAUUUUUGUGUAUGAGUUUUCAGUGUCAUUGUACAAGUUUGAUUUAUCCAAAUUCACUUCCUGUCUGCUUUUCCUAUGAUUUAUUAGGAAGAGCCUUGAAGUCACCAACGCUAGCCAUGCGUCACUGACUUUCAGUGAGCAGUGGACCUCGACUGUGGUGGCAGAUCCACUAGAACACAAUGACGUACAAGCCUUGAAUUGCAUAGUGAUGCUAUAGCUGUGCUAAUUCGUAGGUCAAUGCAUUGUUCAUGUCGUUAGAGAAAUACCGCCAUCAACAAAGUUACUGCUCUGAUAAUUGUAUAAAGGCACCAUAUAUAAUUAUAGACCAUAUAUAAUGCUUGGUAAUGCCAGUAAACAGACUGGUUGCUGGCUUGUGUGUUUAGCAUUAUUUUAGAACACAGCCUUCCGUUUACAGAUUAGAAAGUCUACUCUGAAGUAGUACACCCAUGUGUGUGAGCCUCAAGUUCACACUUACACGCAUUUCCGCACUGCAUCAUUUGCUCCUGUCUGACUUCAUCUCAUGUGUUGUGUUCAUCAUGGGCCUCCAGCAUAUGAAGUGUUACCACUCUUGCCAGGAAGGGCGGGCACAUCGACUGACCUGGGGAUGAAGAUAGGAGCUGAGGUGCACAGAUGGAGAGUCAGGGAGCCUCAUUGCUUGUUUGCUGGGCAUGGUCCAUUCUGUGUAGCUGUGAUCUAGAAGAACAGAGCAAAGAGUAACUCUGGAAGGAUGUUCUUCAUUGGAAGCAAUGAAAUGAACAGAGAUCCAGAAAAUGCUAUCUAAUUUCCCUAAGGACAAGCUUCGCCUGGUGACUUGCACUGAGGAACAGGUGUACAGGUGGAUCCCUGUCAGCACUACAAGGUUCAGAACAAUCCUAUUUGCAAUGUAGAAAGGGAAACGUGGGUUUCACAAUGAUAUUGGAUUUUCUACUAGCUCUAGGUGUGUACAUGGUUAAGAAUCAUUAUUCAUUACAAAAUUAAAAUGGGUGGUCUCUGGGUCAUGUCUUCAUAGAAAUGAAGUAUUAGGGGAAGCCCCACAAUGAGUUAAUGUGGAGGGAAAUUGCUUUCCAGAACACAGCUGGUAGAGCAAUGGGCUGCACCUGUCACAUGCUUAGGUCUGUCGUGGGGCCUGCUGUCCAGAUAUAUGAGCAUACACUCACAACCCUUCACACAGAACUGCUUACAGACACAGGCUGUAUACUGUAUGUCUGCUUCAAACAGCACAUGGAUACAGUUAUUGUCACCUACUUCUCUUUCAGUUUUCCAGUGUCUGCUUUGAUAAUGCAGGAGCUUUUCUGUUCAAUAGAGUCGCUACUUUUCCAGCUGUGUUGUUGUAUAAUGAAUGGCCGUUUGUUUCUUGAAUAUUUAUUAACAAACUAUAUAGUAUCUUCUAAGUAGGUGAUCUUUUAUCUAUUAUCUUUCCUGUUUGUGUUUUUAGGCUGUCUCUUACAGAUGACCCAUACUUGAACCUUGUUUUUUGGGUUUUUUGUUUGUUUGUUUGUUUGUUUUUAACUUCUCUAUUUUUUAUUGGCUAUUUUAUUUAUUUGUAUUUUUGAAUGUUAGCCCCUUUCCCUGUUUCCCCUCUCCCAUACCCCUUCCCCAUGCUUCUAUGAGGGUGCUCCCCCAUCCACCCACUCCCACCUCACCUCCCUAGCAUUCCCCUACACUGGGGCAUCGAGCCUUCAUAGGACCAAGAGCCUCUCCUCUCAUUGACGUCAGACAAGGCCAUCCUCUGCUACAUAUGCAGCUGGAGCCAUGGGUCCCCCAAUGUGUACACUUUGGUUGGUGGUUUAGUCCCUGGGAGAUCUUAGGAUAUGAUUGAUAUAAUUCUCUUGUAAAAUAAAACUUCUUUGAACUAAUAAUGCAUGUGUACAUUUUUGAGCUCAUCCCUAGCAGUUUAAGGUUGGAUACUCACCAGCUCAUACACAGUCACAUGUCUAGUACUAUGCAUAACCUUCAUGUGUGUACAUCCACAGAAGUGUUUCCUUAUGGUUUGUGCUUUGUUACUCUUUAUCCCUUCCUGUCAGUUCACUCUCUAAUGGCAUUCCAUUGUCAUCUGAAAACUCCAUUGUGCAUUUGUACUUAAAGCACAUAGUCUGUAUUGUAAUUUCUCCUGGAAAUGCUCUAUUUUAUGUUUUUGGACAAUCAUUUUCCUGGGUAUACAGCUAUUACUGGACAGUUUUGUUUCUUAUGUCUUCUAGCAUUUUCCAUAUAUCAUGUCACAGUCUUCUGGCCACGCUUAGUUCUGAUUGAGAAGUUAGCAUUCAUUGAAUUGUUGCUGCUUUUAAGGUUUCUUCUUUGUUUUUAUUUUUCAGUAACUUGAAUUUGAAGUGUCUAGGUGUGGGUGUCUCUGUGUUUGUCCUAGUUAGCAGUACUUUACCUGUUAGCUCACCUGGUUCAUAGACUAGGGCUUGUUCUACUUUCAAUGAGACAUGGUCAGUCACUAUUCUUAUAACACGUCUCCUCUCCUCCCUCUUGUUUCUAUUAGGUGUAUGUUGGUCCCUCAGAUUGAUCCCUGUCUGAGGCGUGCAGGUUCCUUGGGGUUUGUUGUUUGUAUUUACACAUCACUUCAGCUCAGCAUUGCAGGGUUGUCGUUUUCCUCCUGAAACGUGAUGUUAAUAUUAUUGUGAGUUUAAGUUUUUAUAUUUAUUUAUCAGACCUCUACUUUUUGUAUUUUCGUAUUUCUCUUUUCUGUACUGAAAUUUCCAUCUGCUGUAUCAUUCUCAUCAAGUCUUUAAACAGUUCCCUUUUAUUUCAUCUAAUGUUUUAUGAGCCAGUUGCAAAUAUUUUUUAAAUUGUACAUAAAUCCUAUUUCUGCUUAUCCUUCUUAUCAUGAAUGAUAUGUGGAUAUGUGUUUGGGCAAAAAUCAAAUCCUUAAAAUAAGGUAUAUGUAGUAACUCUGCAUUCUGUUUGUUUUCCUCCAAGGACUGGUCUUUUCAUUUCAUCCUCAGUGUCUUCAGUCCAGUUGUAGAUUUAGUGUCCUGCAUGGCAUGUGCUACUCAUCUCUUGAUUCUGGUGUGACAGACAUUACUUACCGCUGGUUUCAGCUUUUGUCCUGGCUCCCAGAACUCAGUGUUGUAUGCUGGUGGGCUGGGCAUAGAUGGGGAAGCACAUGUUUGGCCCAUAGCAGCUUUAAAUUUUGGAUCUCAAGUGGGGCUCAUGAUGCCCUGUGCAGCCAUUUUCUUGCUGAACCUCUGUCUAGACCAUCACUGUGCUCCUGCCUCUGCUAGGACAUUAAGCUAGGGGAGCUGGACAUUUCCCACUAGUUACUUACAGUUCACUUUACCUCUGAUAGUAUUGCAGUGUAGAGUUUGGGGCCUUCAUCUGACCGUGCACCUACUAAGCCUUCCAGACCAAGCCGGGGAUCUGAGCAGCAAAGCACAAAGCAGACUUGAGUAUUCUUACCCAGAGGCCAGUAGAGCCUCCUGAAAGGCUUCUCAGCUCGUCUGUGACAGGUCUGCACCAGAGCAGUGAAAGUCCCUUCCAGCUCCCUGUCUAGGUGUUUCUUGGGGAGCUUUGCUCACUAUUCAUCACCACAGGUGCACUGCACAAAGAAGCAGACACACCUGCUGAUGGUCUGCCUCACAGACAGGGUUCUCUAGUCCCUGUUCUUCCUGUCACUAGAGCUGCAAAUCUCAGGUCUCUGGGAUUAGAACAGCCCACUGGUCAUGCUACCCAGCCUACGCACCUUGCCAUAUAGUCUGUCCUCAGAGUACUGUGUAAUGGAUGGAACAUCACUCUUGAGUAAUGAUUACCAGUAAAUUUGUUGUGUGGGGUCUUUUUAAAUAAUAUCUGGGUAACAUCAGAUACUUAAUGCUGAACUUAAUGGAAAUUUACAAGUGUUUUCCCUGAUUUUCCUUUAUAAAGGAAGAUCAUAGACAGCACUGCACCUCUGCUAUGGUCCAGAAUGUUAGAUAGUUAGCAUUUGUGCUGCAGUAUGGCUUUUGCCUCAUGGAAAACGAAAGCUGUCAGCGAUCUGGGCAAUAAGAUUCAUCGCCAAUAGUCGCUAGCAGCAGCACGCAGCACUCCAGUCUCCUUGAGGUCCGCAGCCGCAGGAGCUGCUGUAAUGAGAGGCAUUUAGGUGCAAUCAUCUCCUGUCGUCCUCGCCGGAUUCAACAUGGGCUUGUGUGAGUAUGGGAAGAUAACAGCAUUUUAAAGAUAUGUUUGAUAUGAAAAGAUAUGAAAAGGGUAGCUCAGUGCUCACAUGUAGAGAACGUGGUCAUUUGGAGAUCAUGUCGCCCUAAGAUGAAAAUGUGUUUUAUUGGCUUUGGUUGGUUACAGCUUCAGGAGAGCUGCUCUUGGUCAGAAGGACACUGAUAAUGCUGGUCUAAUGUUGCCGUGGUAACAGCUCAUGCAGAUACAAUUGAGAAUACCGCAUACCUCCUCGUUUGCAUUUCUCUCUGCCAUUUUGAGUUAUUCUGGAGGUAUAUGAAGGAAGCUGGGAUAGCUAGCUGGGAAAACUGAACCUCGUUACAUAAAACCUCUUUGGCUUACUCGCCCGCUCUCUAGUAGUACCUCCUACUGGGCAUUUAGGCGUUGCUACGGGGGCUUUUCUUUUUAAAACAAAAGAGAGCCUGGUUUUCGCCGCCUGCUCCAGUGUGCCUGUUUACACCGUCCCUGCCUCCGGAGAUUAGCAUAGCUCCCUUUGCAGCCGGCUGUUGUUCCGAGCAGUAUGCUCUGGGGACACUGCCUGUCAUCAUGAAUGUGAAAGAAUUCCUAGCCAAAGCCAAAGAAGACUUUCUGAGGAAAUGGGAGAACCCUCCCCCGAGUAAUGCUGGGCUUGAGGAUUUUGAAAGGAAAAAAACCCUUGGAACGGGUUCCUUCGGAAGAGUCAUGCUGGUAAAGCAUAAAGCCACUGAGCAGUACUACGCCAUGAAGAUCUUAGACAAGCAGAAGGUCGUUAAGCUAAAGCAAAUAGAGCACACUCUGAAUGAGAAGAGAAUCCUGCAGGCAGUGGAGUUCCCGUUCCUUGUUCGGCUGGAGUAUUCUUUUAAGGAUAAUUCUAAUUUAUACAUGGUUAUGGAAUACGUUCCUGGGGGGGAAAUGUUUUCACAUCUAAGAAGAAUUGGAAGGUUCAGUGAACCCCAUGCUCGUUUCUAUGCAGCUCAGAUCGUGCUAACAUUUGAGUACCUCCAUUCCCUCGACCUCAUCUACAGAGAUCUCAAGCCGGAAAACCUCUUAAUUGACCACCAGGGUUACAUCCAGGUCACAGAUUUUGGGUUCGCCAAGAGAGUCAAGGGCAGGACUUGGACAUUGUGUGGCACCCCAGAGUACCUGGCCCCAGAGAUCAUCCUCAGCAAGGGUUACAAUAAGGCAGUGGACUGGUGGGCAUUGGGUGUACUGAUCUACGAGAUGGCUGCUGGCUACCCCCCGUUCUUUGCUGACCAGCCAAUUCAGAUUUAUGAGAAGAUUGUUUCCGGAAAGGUCCGCUUCCCGUCGCACUUCAGUUCCGAUCUCAAGGACCUUCUGCGGAAUCUGCUGCAGGUGGAUCUGACAAAGCGGUUUGGGAACCUGAAGAAUGGCGUGAGUGACAUCAAGACCCACAAGUGGUUUGCUACUACCGACUGGAUCGCGAUUUACCAGAGAAAGGUUGAGGCUCCAUUCAUACCAAAAUUCAGAGGCUCUGGCGAUACCAGCAACUUCGAUGACUAUGAAGAAGAAGAAAUCCGAGUGUCUAUAACAGAAAAAUGUGGAAAGGAGUUUUGUGAAUUUUAGGGAGGAGAAGGAUUGCCUGGAGCUCACACUCAGUCCUUGCACGCUGUGGAGGUAGAAGAUGGAGCCGAGACCUGCUUGUUGGAGCGGGUUCCAAUCCCUUCAUUCCAGCAACCGUGAGGUCUUUCUUGCGUCAUCAGUGUGCGCUCUGCAACCGCCUGUGUACCAAGGCAGCGCUCCGCAGCAUUGUCUGUGCCGUGACACAGUGUGCACCAGGUUCCUGGUUUGGUUGUUGUCUCCACCCUCCUACAUCCUUCUCAUUCACCUCUCUGACCAGUGCUCCCUUUAUUUUCUUGGUGUUUCACAUGGGCAGUGUUAUGGCUGUUUGGUAUUUAAAAAGGAAGCUACAUGUUGCUUUUUGUAGUUUUGAGCGAUAUUUUUGCUGACCAGUGGCUUGAAGAUAAACUCUCUAAUGAUUAUUUUUAUUUUGAGUAGCUUGGACUCAGUUUUGCCAAAACUCUUAGUAAUUUGAAGGUGGAAUGUCUUAUCAGCACGGGAAUUUGCAUAAAUGAAGAUAACUUUUCAGGGGUCACUGACGUAGCAGUAAAUCAGAGCACCUAGACGAGCAGUGAGGGUUCCUGGACAAGAGGCUUCGUUCCCCUCGGUAAUAGUCUUCUCUCCGUGAGACGAUAAGUGACCAGACAGAUGCCUCAUUUGUCAGGAAAGUGCGGGACAUGGCUCCUGGCCCCAGCUGUCUCCCUUGGUACCAACAUCUCUGUGGGUUAGGAGAGAGGCCUAAAGUUUCAGCCUUCGCUCUUCCGUGAGGGCUUUAGCCAGUAUUUCAGGAGAGCGUGACUGAUAGGUGACAUUUUGUGAGGUCUCUCAGACAGUCCUCAUCGGCGGGUUCUUAAAGGGAAACGAGCAAACAUGGAUUUGGAUAAAUGCUGUCAGCAGAAGCCUUGAUCCCUGCUUGCAGCUUAGAGGUUCUUUCCUUUAAGGGAACUUUUCUGUUGCUUUGGUUGGUAACAGGUAAGAACAGAAGCAAAGCAGUUGUUCUUGCUUCCUCCUCUGAGGGAAGAAGACAGCACUGUUGCAGCUUUGACUGUAUCCCUGCCUGGCCAGUGACAGGAGAAGGCAAAGCUUAGGAAACUGCCACAUUUGUAUUUAAUUUUGAGGUGUGAUAUCUUUAAGUAUGCCAGAAUUGCUAACUUCUUCUUUCUCCUUCAUAGACAGAGUAUAUGAUCAUGCAAAUACAGUUUUCAUAUUUGCUUUUCCUUAAUUUUUCUAUACUUUUUGCCAAUUGACUUAACAAUGUUGCCAUCAUGAGGAAAUUUCAAGCACUCUUGCACAUUUAGUUCAGUGUUCCUUUGUGAAUAAAUGGCUUAACUUUUUUUUACUAUUUUUUCACUACUUUUAAUUUUCUCAUCUCAUUUUAUCUCUGUAUCAGUGACCUACCUUAAAUAGUCCACUCACCCAAAUAGUUUAAAACAUUUCAUUUCAUGAUCAAUCUCCAAGGAUCUAAGAUCAUUUUGAGUCAAACAAACCCUAAUGUAUAUAGAGCUUCUCUAUCUGCCUCCAUACUGGUGCAGGUAGGUCAUUGACAGCACCCACCCCUGAUCAUAUGCACACACCCUCACUAGCCCUUGAAGACAUUGGAAGUCCUAUCUGAGACCUCUCUCGACUCUCUGCAUGUCUUUUGGUUGUCAAGUGUUUCUGCAUGACAGUGUCCCACAAUAACAAAUAAUGAUUUCAGUUAGUCCACCUGUAUUUAAAAUGUGCAAGAAAAAUUGAAAUACUCUGCUGUAGCAAGUUUUAUGUAACAAAGAUACAUCAUCGUGUUAAUAAAUUAAGAGCAUCAUUUGUAUAAAAUACUUUAUUUACUUUUUUGUAUUUCAUUUAAUCCCAAGAACAUGCUAAUCAUGUGUUCUAUGUAUGCUACAAAUUCUCUGGUAGCGUCGUUGUAUAUUAUUGUAAAAUUAUUUCAAUAAAUCAUGGGGAUGACAAUUUGAUUAUUAUAAUUUAGUUUUCAAAAAUUGAACAGAUUUCUAUGAAUCAUAAAAAUAUUUUUUUCUAUAAAAUUCUUAGUACCCAGCUAGAAUCUACCCAGGUAGAUGACCCCUAGGCAUAUAUUGGUUUCUGGGGCUUCUGAGCCAUUCCAUUUUACUGUCUCUGUUUGAAGUACAUGAGCAAACCAUCAGCUGUGUCAAGGGGUCUAUUUCUGGCCAACCAAGUACACUAAAUUGGAAUAUUUUAACAUGCCUAAAAUUUCCAUUUUUAGCCACAGCUGAAAAAAAAAUUCUUUAAAAACCUGAAAUAGUAAGUCUGUGACAAAAGACCAGUAUUUUAUUCAAAUUAUAUUAUGUAAGACAGAAGAAAUGGUAUUUUACCCAGUAAACCAAGAGAUGGCGUUGUGUAGGACGGAGCCCUAGACUAGAGGGAAGCUUGUGGAGUGGCAUCAUGUGCAGAUGAGGGCAGAAAUAGGCACGUGCUGGGAUCUCCUGGUUCCCCGAGUUAGGUCAGGGUUCCCUCCUUAGCUAAUAUUCUCAAGGGACAUCACACUUUGAACAAAGUUUCUGUAAGUGACACAUUUCUGUGCAUCCUUCCUCUUACCUCUGACAAUGUGCUGAAAAUGAAAACCCUUUUGACUAUCAUAAGGCCCUUGUCUGUUUCAUUCCUUACUCCCUCACUGAUGCUAAAUGUACACUUGAUAUCAAACUGUCAGCCUACCAAAAAGACGCCGUGGCUUAUGGGUAUUGCUGUCUUGUUCUUGGAAUGUACUCGUACUGAUCGCCCCUUGGUCUGAAAGAAAAUAGAUGAUUAUCUUUUCCCAUUGACCGUUUUUCUUUUCCUUCUGCUUGUUGUAAGAAUCAACUGAAACAGUGUAUGUAAAGGCACCUUGUAAACUGUAAGCUUUCGAUGUAAGAUGUAAGGUGUGUUACUUCAUUAAUUAGUUCUUCGUUUAGAGUGCAAUUUCCUAUGCGCUACUAUAGCUAGGAAAUGCUAAAAACGUGUUUUUUAAUCCAUCAGUAACCGCAAAAUUAAAGUAUCUUCAAAGGACGAAA